AUGUUGUGAUAUUACUUCGCGAUCGGAGUUUUAGGUAUGCCUCUGUCGGUGUAUGUGGUUUCGAGGAUUUAAGGACUUGAAAUUUUGCGGUUCAAGGAGAGAGAGAGAGAGAGAGAGAGAGAGAGAGAUUGGUGUUUGUGGUGUUGGAUUUGGUGGAGAGAAGCGGACGUUGUAGGGUUUGGAAGAAAGGGGGGUGUAGUUUGAAACCAUGGCGCUGGAAUGGGCUGCGUUGGGAGUCGUCACGGCCGUGGAGGCGUUGAUUUUGUUGCUUCUGACGAUGCCUGGAUUGGGAGGUAUGCGGAGAGGAUUGAUUUCCGUGUCUAGAAUGGCGCUCCAGCCAUUGCUCGCCGUGGUGCCGCUGGCGCUCUUCUUGGCACUCGAAAUUUACUGGAAAUUUGAGCACAUGCCGGAGUGCACCGGUCCCCGGUGUGGUCCGAUGGAGAGGGAUCGCGCGUCCAAGUCGUUAAUGAAGAGCCAGCGGAAUGCGAUUCUCGUUGCUGGAGCUUUGUUGCUGUAUUGGACCUUGUACCGCGUGACCGCGAUGAUGGUGAAGAUGGAGCAGCUCAGCACUCAGUUAAAGAAUAUUAAGUCUUCGGACUAGACUAGUGAAAAAGCUAGCUAGCUGGAGAAGCUGUUUAUGUGGCUACGUGUAUGUGCUAGAUUUAGGUUGUCUGGCACUGGUGUGAGAGGUGAACACUGAGAACAUGAUCCGCGUAUUUUUUUAAAAAAUGUGGCGUAAACCCUGCGUAUAUCUCAUGUUAAGGCUGGACCCCUGUGCACCAUGCGCCUUUAGCUUCGGUUCUGUUGAUAGCAUUAUGUUGUUUUUUCGUCAUCCUCUAUCCUAGGUUCUUUUUCCUGCUUAUUCGUGGCGUUGUUGUACAGCUCUCUUGUUAGUGUGAGCAUAUCAAGUUAUUUGUACAGCUAAGAUGCACUAUGAAGGACUCAGAAGUACUGUAGCCUAAUUUAAAUUGGCUUCCUUUCCAAUGAUUUACUGGAGCAUUGUGAUGUCGACUUUGGUCUUCGAUCAAUGUAUUUCCUGUUGAGCUCGCUGUUCUUUGAACGGU